GGCCUCGGAUCCGGAUCUGUGAAUACUUAUGCUGGAACGAAUCGAAAAGUGAACGGAAUCGACACAUCAUAGCAUUAUGCCAGUGUGUAAGCAUAAUCACAAAUACUUCUUCAAUGGCAAGAUAAAAGGAAGUAAUUUCAUUUGUCUAUAGCUAGUUAUCCAAGUCACGUGAUAUAGAUGGACCAACCAAAAGGCUUUUUGCCUGUAGUAUUAAAAUAUCCUGCCGCUGUUCGAGUUCGCAGGUAUUUCAUUAGCGAUAGAAAGAUUUUUCUUUCAGCUAUUUAAGUUUUUUACUUUACCAAAAACACCAUUGCUUGAAAUUAAGCGAUCUCUUUAUCUCGAGAACUAUGUUUUCCCGAAAAGUUUAGAAUUUAUAUUUUCUUUUCCAUGGAAAGAAAGUAAGUUCUAAAUAAAAUCCAGUUGAAUUCAACCGUAUCUUUGAAAAGAAAGAUACGAGACCGUAAUAAUCAUGGAAGCACUUCAAACAGAAUUAAUCAAUCAAACAUCACCAGAACUUGAUAUUUCCGAAGGCCCCAAUUGUUCUGAUUUUGAUCCAUUUGCAUGUGAAGUGUGUAAAAAAUGUUUUUCUUUGAAAACUGAACUUGAAUCUCAUGAAAAAAUUCAUACCGAGUUUAACCAUUUCAUUUGCAAGGUAUGUAGGAAAGAGUUCAAUAGUGAAGAAAGUUUUAUGCAACAUGCUAAGACACAUACGGCAAUGUUAAUGCAUACUUGUGAAACCUGUAACAAAAGUUUUCAGCGAAAAAGUGUUUUAAAAAGACAUUAUCGGACACAUUUAAAUUAUGAGGACAAGAAACUUGUAGAAUGUGAUUAUUGUAAAAAGCGUUUUUCAAAUAAGGCUAAUCUAAAGAAACACCAAGAAAGCCAUCAGAUUGAAAAAUUUACCUGCAAGUUAUGCAAUAAAAAAUUUAAUCAUAAACAGACCCUUUUGGAUCAUUGUAAAACCCAUGUCGACUUAAGGCCCUUUAAAUGUGAUUUGUGUGACAAAUGCUUCAAUAAAAAAGUUAUUUUAGAUGCCCAUUUAAGACAUCAUAGUGGAGAAAAGCCUUAUGUUUGUCAGUUGUGUAGUAAAGCAUUUGCUUCAAUGAGCAGCCUUAAAAUUCAUGGAAGGAAUCAUACAGGUGAAAAACCAUAUGUUUGUGAGCAAUGCAAUGCUAGUUUCACUAAUAAUUCUGCCCUCAGAUCUCACAUGAAGAAUCAUCUUGCUGUAAAGCCAUAUUCAUGUGACUUUUGUGAUAAAAGUUUUAAAGGGAGAGCAGGCCUGAUAAUGCACAAACGAGUUCAUACCGGUGAUAAACCAUACGCAUGUGAAAUCUGUGAUAAAAGCUUUAGUAUUAAAUCAAAUCUUACAAGGCAUUAUAAAGACAUGCAUACAAAUUAUAGGCCAUUUGGCUGUGAAAUCUGUAAAAAAGAAUUUUACAGGAAAGAUCAUCUUGAAAAACAUCAAGAAGGACAUAGAUUGAAAAAACCUAUACAGCAUACAGUUUCCAAGCCCGAAACAACACUUGUAUUGUUUUAUGAAUUUCAUGGUAUUCCCCCUAUUGAGAAAGAUAAAGAAACUCAACCAACUUAAUUUGAAGUAAUUUCUUAGAAAAAUUGUGAUAACAUUUCUUUUUAAAAUUCCCUUUAUUUUGUAAAAUUAAUGAAUUUUUUUGUUAUUACUGAAAUUCAUCAUUUAAAUUACAACUUAUAUAUCUCCAUAAAAUAAGAAGUCAAGAGAUAUUCAUACAUUGGGUCAAGUCUUUUGUAUUGGAGGAAAAAAAUGUGGAAUUCAUUUGUAAAAAUUAAAGAAAUUAAUUAUCACAUUGAUUCAUAAAAUAUGUUAUAUACCAAUUCAAAAUUAUAAAAGUUCAUUACCUGUAUUUUUUUUUUGCCUUUUAUCAAUAAUUUA